AAAAAUAAGCCAUUGUAUCUUGUAGUAAACUUGUAUGAUUGUAUCCAUCACAUCACAAUUUGAUGUUUAUGAAAUCUUUGAGUGCUUUCUCAUCUAAUCAGGCCCAUAAGUAGGCCAUUAUCAUCACUAUUAGUAAUGGGCCAAAACCCCGUGAAUUUGGUCACGCACGACUCAAAUGAGACGACAAUGGUUGACCUCUGGACUCUCGAGUCUCCCUGGAUUACUACACUCGAGCUCGACGAUCCUUAGACCAACUUCGUCUUCUUCCUCGAGAGCUUCUCUGAUCUCCUUCGCCGUUAAUAAUUUCCACACGAUCGCUUCUUCUUCGUCUACUCUCUCUUCUCGCUUGACAACUGUAUCAUCGUCCAUGGCUUCUGGUGACGAAGGAGCUGUUUUCAAUUUGUCUGAUUCUAGCCUUCUUAAGAUCCUUAAAGGAGACAUCACCAAGUGGUCUGUUGAUUCUUCCUCCGAUGCUAUUGUCAAUCCAGCAAAUGAGCGUAUGUUAGGUGGUGGUGGUGCUGAUGGAGCAAUACAUAGAGCUGCUGGGCCACAACUCAGAGCUGCAUGCUAUGAGGUUCCUGAAGUUCGUCCUGGAGUCCGUUGUCCAACUGGAGAAGCAAGAAUUACUCCGGGUUUUAACUUGCCUGCAUCGCGUGUGAUUCACACUGUUGGACCUAUCUAUGACUCAGAUGUCAACCCUCAAGAAUCUCUCACCAAUUCGUACAAAAAUAGUCUGAGAGUUGCAAAGGAAAACAAUAUCAAAUACAUUGCAUUUCCUGCCAUAUCUUGUGGGAUUUACGGAUAUCCUUUUGAUGAAGCUGCUGCGAUAGGUAUUUCAACCAUCAAACAAUUCUCUACUGACUUUAAAGAGGUGCAUUUUGUUUUGUUCGCGGACGACAUAUUCAGCGUAUGGGUAAACAAAGCAAAGGAGGUGCUACAAAAAGCCUAAAGUCCAAUCAAUGGCCGAAGAUACACAAAAAUAUUCCCCAAUCCUUCGCACAAACAAAUCAUUUGCUAUUUGUGUUGCGUUAUGAAUGCCUUGUGAUUAUUCGUUACAUUUAGAUUUGGUAAUAAAGAAAAUUCUUGCAUCUAAAAGAAAAGGUUUAUCACUUGACUCCCUUAUUAUGUCUUCCCAUA